ACAUUUAAGCAGUGUGGUCACUUUUCCAAGUUUUUUCGAUUUGUCGAUCAGGUUUGAUUGCAGGCACAGCAUGAAGAAGAUCCCGUAAACUCGUGCUGCGUUGGCUAGUUGAAAAAUCAUUAGGAUGAGUAGUUGUGUUAUGCUAGGCACGUCGUUUCCGUCAUUGGGUACUGUCAUCGGUAACUGUAUUGCCAUGUGCCAGUGUGAGAUGCCUAUUUUUUGUCUACUGGUUACCCAGUUAACAGGAAGAAGAGAAACCGUUUGGUCAUAGCGAUCUUUCAUUAAACGCCGGCCGCGUUUUGACCAGAACCCAGUCUUAUUGGCCGAACUGGCUAAUAGUUAGCAAAUUGACAAUUGUUAGCAAUUCUUUCGUAUUAGAGCAAACCAGUGGGGUGUGUCCUUCUUGGCUCGUCUGGAGUGCGGCAAGCCCGUACCGUUUGAUGAAAACAAAGUACAGUGCAGUUCGUAGCGACGAUGUGCUCGUAGCUUUUGGAUGGAAAUAUGGUCUUUAUUAGACCGUGAUUUAAUACGGAGCAGUUGGUUGCUGGUCUCGAUCAUCUUAGCCAAGAACCAAAAUGAUGAUCUCUACUAACAGGCUUUGCGGGACCAGAUGUAUUAGCCGAUGCCUCGUGGCACCAAUAGCCAUUGUCCUCAUCUGUUGCAGGCAGCCGAUCUUUGUUUCAGCCUCCAUAACUUGCGUGGAGAAACUUUUUGACGACGACGAAAAAACCACGUAUCCGAACCACACGCAGUUUCGAUACUACCACUGCCCGGGCCGUUUUCCAUCCGAUCAUACUCGAUGUUGUCAUCUCGAUCAGCAAAGAUGCUGCCCGACACACCGGCGAUUCUACGAAAUAGAUCGAACGUGGGCAAUUGUGAUAUCAGUGACAGUGUCCCUUUUAUGCCUUCUUGUUGGCUUAUCCUGCAUUAUUUGUUGUUUCUGGCGCCGGUGCCCGCUUUGGACCUGCUGCCGACCACAGCCAAAGCACGAUGUUGCCUUCGCUGACCAGUACGAAAAGGUGCCCAACGCCCCUCCUGAGGAAAAUUGCACUGCAACGUAUCGACACGUCCCUGUCGCAGCGGCAGCUACUAUGACUAAUGGGCACCAGAAUGCCAAUACAAAAGCUCCGCUGGCCUCUCUUGCCUCCACCAACGCCAGCCAAGAUUGUCUCGACGCCUGAGCUACUAGUCUUUUAUUUAUCAGCUAGCUGAAAACACCAGCUAGUAUUCGGCGCACCAUGUCGUCCUAUGGCCUGGGGGUCUAUGGGGAGUGACGCCAGCUUCUGUGCGCGCUAUCGCUGAACAAGGGCAAGCUUAGCUGACAAUCCAGGGACCACACAUCGGUUUCACAGUUCGGUUAUGGUGGGAAGAGGCCGAUGCGUUUCCCUUACCUUGUGCAAUUAUUAGCGUCAUGUCCUCUUGCUAAAGGAGAAAGGCACCAGGAUCUCUCGAGCGCCGCGCACAGGAUUCUACUAAUCCGUAGCGUACUAGGUAGUGACAUAAGCUAACCUGCCGCUUGCUAACAAGUGUUAAUGAAGAAUGUAGUAAACAAUGAAUUAAUAGAAUGUAAAGCAAAUCUAUACGGUUACAAACGCAGGGUGGAGGCGUACUAUUGUAAACGGCUAGGAUGUCGCCUGAGGAUGUCGAAUAUAUAUAUUAAAAAUGUAAAAGCACUUUUAGAAGUCUUGUAAGUAUAGAAAAUAGCGUGUUUCCUUACGCCGGAAAGAAACAUGGAUUAUCACCUCUAGGUCAAGCCGCCGAUUUACAUGAAUUGCUAAGUUAUAGGAGCUAAGCAUAGAAAUCAAACGCAACAUGACAGGCAUAUAAAAAAAAAAAGCCAAAAAUCAACAGAAACAAUGAUCGUUAUUACAUAUUCUGUUUAACUAUGCAUUACAAAUGUUUUUCGAACUUUGAGAUAGUUGCUGAAAUAUAAAGUGCAUAAGUAACAUAUAAUGGACUUUCGAUUUAUGAACCUUGGAAAAUUACGACGAGGUACGCAGGUGGUUUGAAGAAGAAUAAUCAUAUAAUUUGCCACUUUGUGUAGUUUUCUCGGACGCUCUGGAUGAGAGCCCACCUGCAAUGAUUGACAAAGGAUUACGAAAAACGUAUCGACGUUAUAACGACGCUUGUCUCGUCACGACGUCCUAGUCCUGUCAAUCAUCGAUCUGUGAUCGACCUGUUCGAACAUUCACUUGAAUAAAAUUGCUUGAUUGCUAA